CAGGCCACAUUACAUAUUGUCUGAAACAAACAAGGAAUGGUGUUUGUAGUGGCUUUACAAUGCUUGAGCAAGACAAUAAGGUCAAAGCUGCUGAACGAUCAUCCGACACAAAACUCAAAAGACUUGCGGACAAAGAACAUUCAGACCUCAAACGGCUACUUGCUCUUUUGAGUGUUUCAGCAAGCAAGCAGCAGUUACCAGCUCUACAUUUUGACAAGGGCCAUGUAAGUGUAGCAAAAUCACAACAGCAGCAACAUUCUGUUCCUGGAAAGCAAAAUGGUGGAAUCCACAUUCGUAAGCAACAGCAACAGUCAACAGAGGCCGUGGAGCUUGAAGCUUUUAGUGUCAAUUACAAAAAUGAAAGGAAGUUUAGCUGUCAUCCUUACCACAAAUGCUUUCUGGAGAUUUUCACUGCAUUGGUAAAGCAGCGACUCACUUGCAGAGAGUGGGUGGAUCGAGCGCCACCUGCGAAUUGUCUCCGGGUGCUAAUCUGUUUGAGAUUGAUAAUGAGAGAUUCAUUUUAUCAGAAAGUUUUCAAUGAGCUUGGAGGAGUUGAGACCUUAGCACAGUAUAUGGAGAAUGUGACUCACGGUUAUCUUGGAUAUGGGGGACAGCAGUUUGUUGUUGACAGACUGGUCACCAUGACAUACAUUUUUCAAAAGCUGGCUGCUGUUGUGGAACAAAGAGAAUGGGUCACUGCGUGUGGAGCGCACAAGACUCUGGUAAAGCUAUUAGCAGCCAAGGACAACAAUGUAUUAUUGGGAGCUCUCCUUGCACUUACCAGCUUAGCUGAAAGUCCCAAGUGCAGAGUGAAGAUAGGAGAAGUCACAAUUGUAGAACACCUGUUAACAAUUUUACAAGAAUAUGAAUUGUUAUCAAAGAGAAUGACUGCUGAGCUGCUUCGCCUCCUGUGUGCAGACGCACAGGUGAGAGAACAAGUGAAAAUCUAUGAAGGAAUUCCUAUCAUGCUCAGUCUACUACACUCAGACCACCUAAAACUGCUUUGGAGUGUGGUCUGGAUCCUAGUCCAGCUCUGUGAGGAUCCUGAUACAAGCACUGAGAUCCGCUUAUGGGGAGGUAUCCAGCAAUUACUGCACAUUCUACAAGGAGAUAGAAAUUUUGUGUCUGAUCGUUCUUCAAUUGGAAGUUUGUCCAGUGCUAAUGCCUCGGGGAGAAUUCGACAGCUCCAGUUAUCUGAAGAACUGAGCACUCAGGAAAUUCAAGAAAAUACAUUGUCUUUACAAGAAGCUUGUUGUGCUGCGGUUACUGAGCUGGUCCUUAAUGAUACAAAUGCUCAACAGGUUGUGCAGGGAAAUGGCAUUUAUAUAAUAGGAAGAUUAAUUCUACCAAAGAAACAAAGGAAUGGGCCAACACAAAGUGUUUUACAGUGUUAUGCAUUUAGGGCUUUGCGUUUUCUCUUCAGCAUGGAAAGGAACAGGCAGUUGUUCAAAAGGUUAUUCCCUCCAGAUAUGUUUGAGAUAUUUAUUGAUGUUGGGCAUUAUGUACGUGACAUCCAUGCAUAUGAGAAAUUGGUAGACAAGUUGAAUUCUUUUCCUGAUGAUGACCUAAAACAAAUUACUGAAAAUAUCGAAGGAGUUAACCAAAAUAAAGCUCCAACAAAGUUUAUUGGUAAUUAUGCCAUUUUAGACUAUCUUGGGAGUGGAGCAUUUGGGAGUGUGUAUAAGGUUAGGAAAUACAGUGGACAAAAUCUGUUGGCUAUGAAGGAGGUUAAUUUGCACAAUCCAGCCUUUGGGAAGGACAAGAAAGAUCGUGACAACAGUGUGGAGAAAAUAGUGUCUGAGUUAACAAUAAUUAGAGAACAGCUCCAGCAUCCAAAUGUAGUGAAAUAUUACAAGACCUUUGUAGAAAAUGACCGGUUAUACAUAGUUAUGGAACUGAUUGAAGGAGCACCCCUUGGCGAGCACUUUAAUUCCCUCAAGGAAAAGCAGCAAUGGUUUACAGAAGAAAGAAUAUGGAAUAUAUUUAUGCAAAUAUGUCUUGCACUGCGUUAUUUGCACAAAGAGAAAAGAAUUGUCCACAGAGACCUCACACCCAACAAUAUCAUGCUUGGUGAGAAAGACAAGCUAACAAUAACUGAUUUUGGUCUUGCAAAACAGAAGCAAGAGAACAGCAAGAUGACAUCAGUUGUUGGGACUAUCCUAUAUUCCUGCCCAGAGAUUGUGAAGAGCGAACCAUAUGGAGAAAAGGCAGAUGUCUGGGCUGCAGGAUGCAUCCUGUAUCAGAUGGUAACUUUGAAUCCUCCAUUCCACAGCAGUAACAUGCUUUCCUUGGCAACAAAGAUUGUAGAAGCAGCAUAUGAACCAGUACCAGAAGGACUGUACUCUUGUAAAGUGUUAGAGACCAUUAAAAGGUGUUUAACUUCUGAUGCAGAAGCACGGCCAGACAUUGUGGAAGUAAGUGCAUUAAUCUCUGACAUUAUGAUGAAGUACAUGGAUGACAUUUGCACGGUGCAGCUAAACCUUGAAAAGAAGCUUGAAAGAGAGAGAAGGCGAACACAGAGGUACUUCAUGGAAGCUAACAGAAAUGUGAUGACGUACCACCAACAACUCUCCAUGAUCUCACAAGAACAUUGUGACAAGUCAAGUCUUGCAAGCAGUAGCGAGGGAGCCAGCCUUAGAAGUGAGUCAUCAGAAAUAGCAGAGCUCAGUCCAUUGGAUGACAUGCAGACACUACAUGCCAAAGAUGCUGAUGACAGACUCAGUGACACAGUGUUCCUUGAUGAUAACACUCAUUCAGCAGAGAACACUGAAAAAGAUGUCUGUUCUGAAAUGGAUGAUGACUUGGACACAUCAGAUCACUCCAACAGCUCCAGCCCUAGCCCCACAAAAUAUUCAACCUUGAGUCAUGAUUCUUCCUCUAACUUGUUGAGUCAGGGACAAUCCACUCAGUCAUCAUCCAGACCAGGAGUAGUCCAAUUCAGCCACAAUUUUCACUCUCAUUCCCUCGGAAACUCUGACUGCCUUGACAUAACAGCCACUUUGCCAAGAAGCAUUAGUACUAUUGGCACAGAGAGUCAGCAUCAGUCUGGACCUGGAGAAAAGUCAGGGAGAUCAAAUACCAAGGCAAGACCAGCAUCAGCAGGAAUAGCAGUGUCGCAAAGGAAAGUACGUCAAAUCAGUGACCCUAUCCAACAGAUUCUCAUUCAGCUUCAUAAAAUUAUCUACAUUACCCAGCUUCCACCUACUUUACACCACAACUUUAGAAAAAGUGUUAUUGAGAGAUUUAAGAAGUCGUUAUUCAGUCCACAGAGCAAUCCCUGCAACUUGAAAGCAGAGCUUAAAAAGCUUCUGCAGGGUUCUCCUGAAUUGAUUGAGCUGAACUUUGUGACAGCAGAUUGUAGUUUAAUGCAUCAGACAUCAAGAGAGAAUUCAGUGUUUCCUGGAGACAGGGCAGUGAAUAGCUACAGCUACGAAUAUGAGGAGGGAAUAACAUACGAGCAGAUGCAGACGAUUAUUGAAGAGGUUCUAAUGGAAAGCGGCUAUUAUGAUAUCCUGAACACAGUGAACAGCUGA